CACACCAUGUCGGCCGACCCACGACUGCGCGCGAGGCAGCAACAGCAGCAGGCCGCCCCUACACCAGUGCCUCCUCCGCCUCCCCCUCCGCCUGCCGAGCCUCAGCCUGCGGGCGUCGACGGCGCCAACGAUGCGCAUGCAGAGCAGAACAUGGUGCCUGAAGAUAGCUUCAAGCUCAAGUUCUGCACUGUGUGCGCUAGCAACCAAAAUCGUUCUAUGGAGGCACACCUCCAGCUCGCGUCCGCGCACCUCCCAACCAUCAGCUUUGGCACUGGCUCGCUUGUGCGUCUGCCCGGGCCAACCAUCACCCAGCCUAAUGUCUAUCACUUCAACAGCACCACGUACCGUGCCAUCCAUGACGAGCUCGCGCAGCAGAAUGCCGCCUUGUAUACCAACAAUGGCCUGCUCAACAUGUUGGGUCGCAAUCUAAACAUCAAGGGCUAUCCCGAGCGCUUCCAGGACUGGGUACCUGGAAAGCCACGCCUUGACCACGCCGAAGACAAGGGCGCCCAAGGCACCGAGUCUGGCGUAGUCGACGUCGUCAUAACAUGUGAAGAACGCUGCUUUGAUGCUGUGCUUGAGGAUCUACACAACAAGGGCGGAAAGCUCAACAGGCCGGUGCAUGUCUUCAAUGUGGACAUUAGAGACAACCACGAGGAAGCGCUCGUUGGCGGAAAAGCCAUCCUCGACCUUGCGCUCAGUCUGAAUGAAGCCGCAGCGAAAGAGCGGGAGAUUCAUGGUGACAGCGGCUGGCAGUCUGGCGGCGGUCCUGCUCGCGCCGGCUUUGAUGAGCGUGUACCUGAGAUUCUUGCUACCUGGCAAGAGCGCUGGCCAAACAUGCCUGCCCUCUGGAGUCUUGCAUGGUUCUGAUUCGACCUUGUGGCGUUACAUUUUGUUCUUGGCAACACAGCCUGAUACCCCAUUUGCAUAGCGAGGCGUUCUGCAUACUACAUUACCAAAUCAGCCCAUUCUCAAAUGGCUACGAAAUACCACAAAUACAUGACUUUGAUCCAAC